AUGCAGCUUCUCACCAUGAGCGCCGUGCCAUGGGCACCGUUGUCCCUGGGCACGCUUCCACCGGCGCCCUGGCUUCGGUCAAAGCCGAUGGCCGCGGGGGUGCCAAGAGCUUCAGCGCGGCCGGAGCAUCGACGGCGGGCCGUGAUGGCGGUGUCAGGGCUGUCGGGGUUACUCAUGGGUCGCCGAGGGCACAAGAUUUGCUGUUGCGCAGCUGUGGAGUGGUUGAAGCUUGGUGAAGCUGCGGUUGAAAAUGCUGAAGAUGGGGAAAUUGCGCCUGAAGACCCUGAAGCAGUUGUGCUUCCUGUCAUGCCUCUGAAUGCUGUGUAUUUGCCAAGCCCGAGCCAGCAACUCAUGAUCUCGGAGCCACGGUAUUUGAAACUUUACGAUGACAUAUUGGUGAACGGCAGCCGCAUCUUUGUUGUUAGCCAUUGCCGUGGCUCUCUUCUGGCACGUGUGGGCUUGGUUUUUAGAUUGGCCGACCUGAAAGAUGUGACGCAGGAGACCAAUGGCCACAUGAGGUACGUGGCGGAACACCAGGUCCGACAACGUGUUCGGAUCCUGGCCCUGGUGAAUCCAGAGGACCAGGAGUCCAAAUCCCAGUACCUCCGAGCCAAAGUGGAAUUCCUGGACGAGAUGGAAGAAGAUGCGGUCCCUGAAGAUCUUCGGGUGAUCUUGCAAAGAAUACGUGGGAAACUGCAAGAUGCCUUGGCGAUACAGGGAGAGCAGGAACAGGGCGACCCUGAAGAACUGGGGAACCAGGCCCGGCGCUUGCGCUUAGCCAGCGUGAUCAGGAAGCCCGGCUUCUGGGACCUCUGCAGCAUCCUGGGUUCUAUCCAAUCCCUUCGGCUGCAACUGGAGAUCCGGCGCCUGCGCGAGCACGUGAGGCAACUCACGGAAGACUGGGCUAGGCAGCAUCCAGAUGAGUUUGCAGCGUUGAAGGUGAAUCCUAAGGGGCUCCCAGCGAACAUCCGAUCGCAAGGAGAGCGAGUGAGAGAACUGAUGCUGGAAAAGAAAUUCAGCAGUUGCAGUUGCCUCAGGAUGGAUCCCAGGAACUCCAAGAAACUUUCCAACAGAUCCUUCAGACCGCACGUCUCACGGAUGCAGCGCUGCUGCUCGAGCUUGCAGUAG